CCGACCUGGUUAAAAAGUGUGUGUCAAAGUAUCGCACUGGUAAGCGAAGGGAAAAACGUUGAGUGUUGCACCCUCGCGCUACCGUUUCAUGUGAAUCGGCCGCGUGAACAGGUGGACGCGAAGCGAGAUCCGCGAAAAGCAAAAUUGGUAGAAGAAAAGGCCCUGCGUGCUAGGAAUAUGAUAAUGAUGAUGAGAGUGUAGGGAGAGUCUCCAAAAGGUUUUUUCUCAUUGAUGACGGGGUUUGAUAUGUUUUCCCCAAGAGAAAGCAGAGUUUGAAGAAGCCGCUUUCUUGUUGCGGUGCUCCAAUUUUUCUGCAGAUGUUUUCUGGUCGUGGUCGACAUGCUGUGUGGAACUCCGCUUACUUUUUUUGCGGAUGCGGAGCUUCGUUGUCGACUACGUCCUCAGCAGGCCUACGCGGGCGUGGCCGACAGACAGUGGAGGACCGCAUCAAGAAGGAGAUAUUUGCUGAGUACCGUCCCGACACGCCGCCUAAUGAGUAAGCGGCCGAUCCGACGGCUCCUCUGGACGUUCACAUUGGAGUGGCUUUGCGUGCCGUGCAGCAGUUGGACCAACUUUCGGGGACCCAGAUUCUGAACGUGUGGCUGCGCGAAAGGUGGACCGACACGCGGCUGAGUUGGAACGCGACCGAGCCGGGCGCUCCGAAGAUGAUGCAGGUCCCCGUCGACGAGAGGUUGAGGAAAACCCCGAUCUGGACGCCGGACCUGUACCUGCUGAACACGGCCGAAAAGCCCAUGAGCGAAAUCGAGAACGGCCUGGCAACGGCGUACCCGGACGGCACGGUCGUGUGGUUACGUCCCGGGAUGUUGACGGCAACCUGCGUGUUCGAUCUCGAGGAUUUUCCGCGCGACAAACAGAGUUGCUUCGUGGAAUUCAGUUCUUGGGUGUACGAUGUGGGCAUGCUGGCCUUAAAGCCGUACGCGGGGACGUGGGAAGCCUCUCUCGACCUGGCCGUGUUGGAUCCCAGCGUGGAGUGGCAUGUCAGCGGGAACUUCGUCAGGCUCAAUCGGGUUCUCUUCGGCUGCUGUCCAAAUUCGUACGAGACCGUCCGUUUUUCCUACAGCGCAGUGCGAAAGUUUGAGUUCUACAAUGCGAUGUUUUUGAAGCCGGCCGUGGGCCUGAUGGCGCUCGGGUUCUUCGCCGUCCUCAUUCCUUUCAUGAUCGGCGAACGGAUUUCCUUCUCCGCUACCAUUCUGCUGUCUUUGGUCGUUUUUCAGUUGAUACUGUCGGAGCACCUCCCCCGUAGCUCGAAGGCCACUUCACUGACGCGCCAGAUCGACAUGAUGAUGACUUUUGCCUGCGUCUACAUCAUCUUCGUAAUUGUGUUGACGGCGUUGCAAGCGGGGACUUUUGCGGAGUACAGGACGUUCUUUGCCGACUUGCGCCGGAAACUUCUUCGCGGUGGUGCUGGGAAGGCUAACGAAGAGCGAGCCUCGCUGGCCUCUCAUUUCGCGCAGGGUACGGCACCGGUCCGCUACGCGAGUGUCAAAAUUUCGCAGCUGGAGCAAGAAACAGAUCGUCUGCGUCUUCUCCUUCGGGACGAAAGCCAAGUUCGUGCAGGUGAAAGCAGAGCAUUCGGAACCACGAGCCACUACAGUGUUUCUGGAGCAAAAAAAGACAGCUGCUCUUUCGCGGCCCCAAAUAAAACUUCCUCGCUUUCGGUGCAAAAUCCGGCAGCGAUCACCCUGCACGUCAACGAUACCGCUCUGCAUGAGACUGAUGCUUCGCGAGCGACUACUGGUAAACAAGAUGUGCCGCCAGCUGGGAUUCUUGCCGACGAGGCUGGGUCGCCAGCGUCGGGCUGCUUCAAGUCAAAUUCACGCAGCGGUCCUAUGCCGAUGCGGAAAUAAACAACACCUUCGGGCAUUCGGACAAUUCAUCUAUGCAACACUCAUACAGUAAACUUUGAAUACCACCUGGACGUCUUUGGCUGUUUGUGUGAUACACGUCACGACCUGCGCCGCCGAUGGCACAUCCUUCUCUUGCGUGUGCUGCAAGUAGCAGAUGCUACAAGUCAUGCAGGUGGUAAAUGGCCAGGAGUGCGAGUGGCGCCAUCUUCGUGUUACCACAUUUCUAAGAUCAUCAGCAGGACCAGCAGCACCGUACGGGUACCGGAAGAGCUCGUCGGACUAACAGUGAGAACUCUGGUGGAAGGUGUUGCAAAUCAAUAAGUGAGUAUCCAUCUCCUGCUGCAGGAACGAAUGGCAAGAAAAGCAGAAGGCGCAGACACCAUAAUUAUACAGAGUUUCAUUUGUUUCUAGUUUCCUGUAUUUCAUCUUCUGUUGAAGCAUUUCCGUAGCAUACCAUAGAUAUGUAUGGAUUUCUGUCGACAUGUUCGUUUUCACUUUCCGCACAGAACACCGCCAUCAGUGAACGAAUAUCCCUCCUCCAAUGCGAAAGAGAAGCGUUAUUAGAGGACCACGUUGAACAGACUACAUUCAUCAACGCGACGAGCACGAGAUGGCUGUAUAUGAAGCAAGUGGGUUGUAGUUCACACGUGUGCUCUCAUUUUUGGCUUUCUGUCUCCAAGAGAAAUGCUGACGUAGAUGAGGUGGAUAUGCAUACUUCUUCGAAAGAGAGGAAGAGCAGCAGUUAUG